AUGGCCUUUCAGCGGAUCUGCCUCAUCGGCGCCUCUGGUAACCUGGGAAGUCUGAUCCUCAAACACCUUCUGGCUUCCCCGCAAAAUUUCAAGGUCACGGUUCUGUCACGCAAUUCUUCCGCGGCAAAAUUCCCAGACACAGUCGCCGUCGCCCGCAUCGCCGACGACUACCCCGUCUCCGAGCUCACGAAUGCGUUCAAAGACAUGGACGUGGUCAUCUGCGCGAUCUCCAUGAUGGGAAUGCACGAACAGUACAAAUUCAUCGACGCCUGCCUCGCCGCGAAAGUGAAGCGGUAUUUCCCCACAGAAUUCGGCCUCGACGACUUGCCGGACUGGCUAUUGCAGCUGCGGGACAUGUUCAAGAUCAAGCACGACGUGCGCGACUACUUGAUCUCCAAGCAGGACACGGGUCUCGAAUGGACGAGUAUCUGCUGCAACGCGUUCUUCGAAAUGGGUGUCGCUUCGGGAUUUUUCCAGCUGGACUGGAAAAACAAGAAGGCCGUCCUGAUAGACGGCGGGGAGGCGAAGUUCGUGGCGACGACGUUGGAUACGGUUGCGUUGGCCGUCGUGAGGGCGAUCGAGAAGCCCGAAGUGACGAAGAACCGGAUCUUGCUGGUCCAGGAUUUCAGGACGAGCCAAAAGGAGAUUUUGGACGCCAUACAGCAGAAAGUCCCCGGAUGGCAGGUGGAGAACGUCGAAUAUGGGUCCUGGCUGGAGAAAGGAAAGGAGCAGGUCAAGAGCGGCGAUAACAGCGCGCUGCCCAAGUUGACCUUUGGCACGUUCGCGCAGGGAAAUCAGUACGAAGGGAGGCCGGAGUUUGGGAACGAAUUGUUGGAACUCCCGACAAAAUCUUUCUCCGAGGCAAUGGGGAUCUUUUGGAAGGAAUACGAGAGUCGUUAG